AUGGAGAUCACCCCCAAGUCAUCAUCGUCCGCCCUGGGAAGAUUGUGCCGUAAAGUGUCUCCAAGAAAGACAAAGGCAGGUCAUCAUGAUGUAGAGGGCCCAAUUGAGAACCCAACAACAUGCAGCAGCAUCAGCAGCAACAGCGACCUCCAGAUGUGGAAGGUGUUUGAUUUCUUCGACGAGAACGGAGAUGGUAAGAUUUCCCCAGCAGAGCUGCAGACUUGUGUGAGGAGUGUUGGGGGAGAGCUGUCUGAGGAGGAAGCGGAGGCCGCCGUGGAGGCUUCGGAUUUGGAUGGAGAUGGGCUGCUGGGGUUUGAAGAAUUCCAGAAGUUGAUGGAAGCCACAAACGAGGAAAACAACAAUCAGCAGCUCAGAGAUGCCUUUGGGAUGUAUGAAAUGGAAGGCUCUGGCUGCAUAACCCCAGCCAGCUUGAAGAGGAUGCUCAGCCGCCUCGGCGACUCUCGCUCCAUCGAUGACUGCAAAGCCAUGAUUCGAGCGUUCGACCUUAACGGAGAUGGGGUUCUCAGCUUUAAUGAGUUCACAAUCAUGAUGCGUUAA